ACUUGUGAAUGUUCUUAAAGAAACAUUAUUUUUAGCAUUUUUUUCUCCACCAAAAAAUAUUAAAAAAUUUCCCAAAAAUGUUGCAAAUGUGGACAUCAGAAGUUUCACUGUGAAAAUAUAUUUUUUCCCACAUUUUCAAACUUUAAAAUUUGACCCACAGGACGACACGAGGGUUAAUAACUUCCCUGUGGAACUUCAGGUUGUUCCCUGAUGUUCACCAGGACAGGACCUAAUAAAACCUUGAUGGCAUCUAUAAUCUCCCAAAACCUGACAGGUUCAGCAGCAGGACUCAUCACCAGAAAUAUUUAAGCCAUAGGAAAAAGGAAAUGCCUCCAGAGGUUUGGAUGUCUGACACACUCUUACCCUCCUUUCUCGGACAUUUUCUGACAUCAAUGCACAAAACUGCAGGUCAGCCGGAGAAGUCUGAGUGCAUUAAGAGCGAGUUAAACUCACAGAGUCUCCAACAUAGAAGCUGUGUAUGCCACAUGACAUGAGCAUGAGGCAGCCCUUUUAACUUUCAGGUUAUUUGAACCAGCAAUACGGGGUCUUUAAAAAGCACACGCACUAUAAAAUAGAAUGAGCACAUCAGACAGGUCACGACAAUUAUUCGACCACAUCAGGUUGAGUUGUCGUAUUAAAGCAGGGAAAGCACAAGUGAAAUUAAUUUCUUUAAUGAUGGCUCAAUUCCAUCAAGUAAACCAGCAUGAAAACCUUCAGGAGCUUGGAACUGACUCACCACAAUGGAAUACAGUCAGUUAGAAAACAAACCAUUUAUUCAGCUCAGCUAACAUGCUAACGGGGUGUUAGCUUAGAGCUCAGCUAGCAGGCUAAUGCUAAUCAAAAAUAAUUCCCGAAAGAGCAAAAUAAAAUAAAACAAAGCAACAUCUUAAAGUGCUAUUCUAAUAUUUUUUAGAAUGAUCACUAUUGUAAUUGUAACUAUAGUAAUAAUAACAACAACAACAACAACAAUAAUAAUGCAACCCAAGCUUCAUUAGUAAAAUAUAUGUGUAGCCCAAAUAUCAGCUCACUUGAAUGUAGUCAGGUUCAGCAGCUCCUCUAUGAGUAUUACAUUUACAUAUGCUAUCGAUCAAAAGUUUGGAGUCACCCAGGAAAUUUCUCAAACUCACACUUUUAUUCAUGUGCUAACAUAAUUGCACAAGGGUUUUCUAAUCAUCAAUUAGCCUUUCAACACCAUUAGCUAACACAAUGUAGCAUUAGAACACAGGAGUGAUGAUUGCUGGAAACGGGCCUGUGCACUCCUAUGUAGAUAUUCCAUGAAAAAUCUGCCGUUUUCAGCUGAAUAGUCAUUUACCACAUUAACAAUGUCUAGACUGUGUUUCUAAAUAACUUACUGUGAUCUUCUGACUGAUUAUAUAGCUCAUGAUACAGCACCACGUGGACAUUUUAACAAGGUAAAAAAAUGAGGUUUUUACUGCAAGGGGCCUUUAGUUGAGUUGAUAGUUAAACAGUUAUUAAUAAAAGAGUUUCCCAAAUCUAAACCAAACUGUAAGAAGACUUCUUUAUUUGACAGUUCUUUGCAAAGAAGUGACUCAGAUGUGAAACUAAAGACCACUUUCAGUGUAUUCCCAUAACAGGUUUUUCCAAAGUAGAAGAACUUUUGUUCCCUUACUUAGUGUGACAAUGGCCGGUGGUGAUAUAAAGGCUGAUGGUUUCCACAUGACUGACUUUGAAAGUGCACGUGCACGAGGUCCUAUUCAUCCUACAAUGGGCCACCUAUGCAUCAGCAUGCUAUGUAGACAGUUACAUCGCCCCUCAUGUCCAACCCGGAAAAAUAAAUGGGGCCCCUAUGGAUAUUCCAGAGAGGCUGACUGUGACUAACUACAGAUCACGCUGAACUUCAUGCAGUGUGAGAAUUCUAACUGUGUCACUGAUAACUACAUACAAAUCAGAGCAUCUUUAAAGUCUGGUAGCAACCCCAAUUCUUUUAGUGAUGAAUUCUAAUGAUGUGAAACUACUCAUACAGUUCCUCCUCAUAAGAAUUUCUUUUAAGCAUCAUUUGUUUUGUGAAUGGAUAAAUAAAAUUUAUCCUGCAGACACGUUGAAGCAUUGAACUGGCCUUUAAGGUGAGAGUGCUCCCAAAAGGUUCAGCUCGACUGUCACUGGAUAUCCUUCUGUCACAACACAGAACACUGACUUAAGAGGGACGAAGAGGGGAAUUCCUGCUGUACGAAACUCUCUUCCACACAACAGUAGUAACACGCAGUGACACAUGCAGAGCUUAGUGGAAAUUACUUGCUUAGACAAAUAUCAAAAAACACCUACAGAAAGCGCCACAGUUUAUGAAGUGUGUUUGACGUUAUGUUUCCAUUUUUAGUGCUCUUGUUGCUCCAUUUGCCUUCAAAACAGGUUUAGAACAUCAUAAGCACCUUGUUCCAGCAAAGACAAGAUUCUAUCAGUCUUAACUGCAUGCAUGUUUCAAAAAGAAAAAAAAAAACAUGACUCACUUAUGUUGUUUUGAAUUUCAAGACGAUGAAUUCUACUUUCUCAUGAAAUACUACAGUGAUCAUACAGCAAUGCACUAUAUUCACCAUUCGGUUCUUCUCUGCUUUAUCAUGGUUUUAUUUGAUUGGUAUUAGAGGGUUUUCACUUCAUGGUGCCAGCUCAGUCUAUAGUCUACUCAUAUGUUUUCCUCUACUUAAAAGAUUGAAAUAUCAACAUCCAGCUUACAUCAGUAUCAUCUAUAAUCAUCUUACAAGAAAACAAAACUAAAACCAAAAUAUGUGCACAAGUUCCAAAUAUCUGAGUCCUUUCAAGGCAUUUUAUGUGAAUCUCCUGCUUAAUCGGACCCUGUUGAGAAGUUGACCUUUGAGGGUCCGACUCAGGUUUGAUCUGGGGGCGGAGAGAGGAGGGGAAUGGAUCCAGUCUCAAGUUUAGACCAGAGUAUUUAAAUGAAGGAAACCUGCAAAGAGGGAUGUGUCAUCUCUCUGUCAUCCAGAGUUUCAGGGGCACAGCGACAAGUCGACAUAAACAGGUAAGGGAUGUCAAACUUCACAGUCAAGGAGUAUGGAUUUACAUGUAUAUAUUUGACAACUGCAAAAGAAAGCUGUAAUAUGUUUGUGAUUGUGCAGAUUUUUGUUAUAAUCAAAUUCUUUUUUUUUUUCCUGUUCUUUAGGAUGCACAUCAUUCUGGCUCUACUUUUUCUGUCUCUUACGGGGCCUCCUGAGUGCUCCACUCUUCUCAUGAAGGGAAACUCCAAGAGGGACGUGAACAGCAUAAUAAACAUUGCCCAGAUAACACUCAUCCAUAUUAAGAAACUAAGGGCAAAGCUGCCGGAGGCUCCACAUAUAGAAGUCGCCACUCCUUCCAUUGAUGGACUGACUGGUAUCAGCCGUGACCUCGGCCUCUUGGAUAAUGACCUGCAGAGCCCCGUCUUAGAGCUCCUCAUCCAGAUCCAGACUGAUGUGUCCAGCUUGGAGGGACGGGUGCGCUCCUUCGCCUCAACUAUGAACUGUACCAUUCAGGCCAGACCAGGACUAGAGACCAAUCCCGCCAGUUUGUACCCGGACAGUUACGUUUACCUGAUGCUGGCAAAGGUAGAGCGCUACCUGGAGAAACUUGUUCUCAACAAGGACAAGCUCAAGGUAUGCUGACAAACCCACACUCAUCACUUAGAUGCUAAGGCUCACAAAUAUGCAAAUAUCUGGAGAUGUAUUUGCACAAAUAGCUCAGUGUGUGUAAUUUGCUUUUGCACGUAUCAUUUUCCAAUAUUUUUCAACUUGUAUAUACUUUUCUGUGAAUGUGCUCAUGUCCCAGUAAUGAAAAGCAUGCAAACUAUUUUUUAAUUAAUUCUAAAUAUUUAAGCAUUUUUGCAUGUGAUGCAAGCAGCUAUUCAGGCACAUAUUUUAAUGUUUGACAGAGCAUUUGUAGUUUGUAUGCGGACAGUAGAGUUAGGUAUGAGUGGAAUUAUAUUUCAAUAACUAAUAUUAAUUUAAAAAAUUCAUAGCUGUAAAAGCAGAUUAAAUGACUGAAAGGUCAUGGUGGGAAAACUGAUGAGCUUCAUUUGAGAUGAUAGAGAUGUUAGGGUGCAACAAAUUAUUAUUUUCAUUGUUGAUUAAUCUCUCUAUUAUUUAAUUGUCUAAGAUGCCGUCCUCAAAUGUUUUGCUUUGUCCACUAUUAUCAAAUUAGUUGGCAAUUAAUGCAAUAGUAGAACACUCUUGCAGCUCUUGUAAAACUACCUAUUUACAGGAUGGUUGUGAAGGCUGUUUGCAGUAAAUAAAAGUGACAAGAAUGGAAGGUUUUGAAAUUCUGUUACGAGGGAAUGAAUGGGAAAGUGUGCAAAAUAUUUUCAGCACGGAAUACUAUUUGAUGAAUGUGUAAUGUGAACUCUUUAUUGUAAUAUUAUAUGGAGCAGAAAUAUUAAGCUUUCGGUCUCAAGGAUGCGAGACAUUUCAGCUAAAAUGGUUUGAUAAUAAGCUUUGCAAUAAAGAUGUAAUGUCAAUA